AACUUGCCCUCCGCGUCGUUCCAGGCCACGAGGAAGCGCAGCUGGUGCCGCUCGGGCUCGGCGAACAGGUCCUCGCGGAGUGGCACCCACUCCUCCAGGCUGUCGGGCUGCUCGUCCUCCAUGGCGCGGGGUCAGCGGCCCGGCCUCCUCGCAGCCGCUCCGCAGGCCCGGCGGCGCCGCGACAUUUUCCGCUCCACUGUCAUCGCGUCAGCGCCGCCCCUCCCGCAGCGGCUUCCGAUUGGCUGGGCGGCUGGGAGGCUUCCAGCGGCGCCCGGGAUUGGCCGGAUCCCAGAGGGCGGGCCCGCGACGGCCAAUGAGAAGGCCAGGCGUCUCCCUGCGGCCCCGCCCUCGGGUGUCAAUCAGAGACGCGGCGUCAUCCCGGACCCGGGAAUUCCCAGGCCCUGCCUCACCCUUCCCACCUUUGAACAGACUGAGGCGGAAAAGGACCGAGGACCCACUACUGACUGUCCGGGAAGGAUCCUUCUAGUGCAGAGGCACUGCCCGGGCUCCCAAGGCAACGGUGGAGGAGGAAACGGGAGAAGCUGGAGCUGGACAGGCCUACUGCCCGGGGGACGCCUACCCCUACCCACCGAUCUGUAUGACUCUGGGAACAGACCGUGGAACUUCCCAGAAGAAAGCUGUCGGGUGAGAAGAGCAGUUGUCUGAUCUGAAAUGACCUGUGAGCCAAGAGGGGCAGCAAAAGGUAAGCCUCCCCGAGGCCUCGGCGAGGAGGUGGACGAGCUUGUCCACUUGUAUGGCCUUGAAGAUGAUGACGAACUAGGGGACGAGCUCGUUAACGAGAACACGCCCAGGAUAGAAGUUUCCGAAUACCCUCCUUUCGAGGCAGCGAGGAGAGAGCCAGCCGCGGCGCAGAGGGGCUGGGGACUCGCUGCAGAGGCUGCUGAGGCCGAGGACCUGGACUUCGGAGGGUGGGGCUCGGCGGGCCAGUGCGAGGCCCUGCGGGAGGCCUACCGGUACACGCAGGGCCGGGCCAGCGAGGAAUACGAGUGCUAUGUCAUCCCUGAGGAAGAGGGCGAGGAGGAGGCUGCCGAUGUCUUCUGUGUCACCUGCAAGACUCCAGUGAGGGCGGUGGAGAAGGCUUUGGAUGAACACAGGGAGCACGAGGUGACCCCGCUCAGCACGGCCCUGGAGAGCGCCAAGGAUGAAAUUCACAAGAACAUGUACAAGCUGGAAAAGCAGAUUAUCGAGAUGGAGAACUUCGCCAGCCACCUGGAGGAGGUCUUCAUCACCGUGGAGGAGAAUUUCGGGCGGCAAGAACAAAAUUUCGAGUCCCAUUACAACGAGAUCUUGGAAACGCUUGCCCAAAAGUAUGAAGAAAAAAUACAGGCUCUAGGGCAGAGAAAAAAAGAGAAGCUGGAAGCCUUGUAUGGGCAGCUGAUCAGCUGUGGAGAAAACCUGGACACCUGUAAGGAGCUGAUGGAGACAGUGGAGGAGAUCUGUCACGAGGAAAAGGUUGACUUCUUAAAGGACGCCAUGGCAAUGGCUGACAGACUCAGAACAUUCCUGGAAACGGAAACGGAUGUGGGCAUCUCCUCACAGCCUGCCUUGGAGGAUCAGACCUUGGACUUCUCCGACGUGGAGCAGCUGCUGGGCUCCAUCAACACUGUCCCAGCUCCUUCUGCCCCAGUGAUAAAUCCGCAGGCCCCCAACUCGGCCACGGGCUCCUCUGUCCGCGUGUGCUGGAGCUUGUACUCUGACGACACUGUGGAGAGCUACCAGCUGUGCUACCGGCCAGUGAGGGACGGCUCGCCUGGGAAGGACCAGGCAGAGUUUACAAUGACCGUCAAAGAAACUUACUGCUCGGUGACAAACCUGGUGCCAAAUACGCAGUAUGAAUUUUGGGUCACCGCUCAGAACAGGGCUGGUGUCAGCCCUGCCAGUGAGUGCGCGGUGUACAUGACAGCACCUUCUCCCCCCGUUAUAAAGAGCAAAGAGGUAAGGAGCUGCGAGGAAGCCGCACUGAUUUGCUGGGAGUCUGGGAACCUGAACCCUGUGGACUCGUACACGGUGGAGCUGACCCAGGCCGAGACGCCAGGAGCCGCAGGCGUGACUGAGUCUGUUGUGGGCAUCCCCACCUGCGAGUCCCUGGUGCAGCUGCAGCCCCGGCAGAGCUACACGAUCUACGUGCGCGCCCUCAACGUGGGGGGCCCCAGUGCAAGAAGUGAGCCUGUCACAGUCCACACCACAGGCAGCUACUUCCGCCUGAGUGAGCAGACCUGCCAUCCCUGGCUGACCAUUUCUGAAGACGGGCUGACAGUUGUACGAGGCGAGAGGAAGACGUCCGCAAGGGCACUGCCCCCCAGCGACAUGCGCUUUAGCAGGUGUGUAGCUGUUAUGGGAAACCUCACUCCAGUCCGAGGGCGCCACUACUGGGAGGUGGAGGUGGAGGAGCGCCUGGACUACACGGUGGGUGUGGCCUUGGAAGAUGUCCCUAAACAGGAAGACCUGGGAGCAAACUGCCUGUCCUGGUGCAUGAGGCACACGUGGGCGUCGCCAAGGCAUAAGUAUGAAUUUCUACACAAUAAGAUGACGCCAGACAUAAGAAUAACAGUUUCCCCAAAGAAGAUUGGUGUUCUGUUAGACUAUGAAAAUUCGAAAUUGUCCUUUUUCAAUGUGGACAUUUCCCAGCAUCUGUACACAUUUAGCUGUCAGCUUCCCCGAUUUGCACAUCCCUGUUUUUCUUUGGAAAAGCCUGGGUCUCUAAAGGUACUCAAUGGCAUUUCAAUGCCAAAGCACGUCACCUUCUACUAGGCCAUCCUGAUGCCCAGCUCAGUCCCUGUACCCACCCCUCCCUCAGCCACUCACCCAGCACAGUUCUGUGGCUCACACGUGUGUGCUGGCCCCGCUUCCUGACCUGGGCUUUGUCCUGCGUGCCGCCCGCCACCUGCGUGAUGCUGUCCUCCGUCAUUAGCAGGCCUGGCUGUCAAGUGAGGGCUCAGACUGAAUAAACUCAGAGGUUCUUCAGCUUGUCAAAUUGCUGGUCUAUUUGUGUUUAUGCAAAAUAUGAGUCUCCAAGGCCUACUGAGCUGGGGAGGGGAGCAGUGAGAGAGGCAUGAGUGUCAGUGGCUGCAGCAGCCCCAGGAGAAGGCAGGAGGCUGUCCACAGGGAACCAGAA